AUGGCGAGAGAGGCAUAUAAGCGAUACGUUGAGCUGGGCAAGGAAAAGCUGGAUCUACCGGAUUUUGAGGUUACAUCUAUGGGUUACCUGGUGCCGUUUGUCGGGGAGGUCUAUUGCCGUGCUCAAAGAUGUGAAAAUGUGACCAAGUUUGUCUCCCUCAACAAUCUCAAGAAGCAUAUUCGAACGAAGCAUACCCAUACGUAUGACUUGUUGGACGGUGAAAGUGGUGGGCGCCCUGACCAAGAGGCAGAGUCUGCAGCAGUCAAAUUCUAUGAGGCGGUGAUCAAGAAAUAUGAUGCCAAACAGUCUGCCCCUGCCCUCCCCCCUCUUCCACGCCGCCGUGAUGGUGAUGUCCACAUGACUGAGAUGAGACGUCUGGUCCGCCGCAUGGGCCAUGUGGUCCCUUGUGAGGGUUGCAAGGAUGCAGGCAAGGCUAAUUUGUGCUGCAAGUAUGAGGAGUGUGAGCACUUUGCACUUUUUAAUGGUGGUGACCAAGAAGAGGAGUCUGAUGAAAGUGAGGAUGAGGAGUAAUUUCAUUAAAAAAAAGAAUUCUUCUUUUUUCUUCUUUUUUCUUAAUUCUCUCUUUAAAUAGUAAAUACUGAAAGAUCAAAUGGAAUUAGUUUAAGAGUGGGAACUAGUUCUUGCAUGUAAUGCCCGAGAUAGUCU